UUUUUAUCGAGAGCAGACUUCUAAUGAGGUUAUGAAACGAGCCUGUGUCACAGCUAAGUCCCACCCAUUUGCUGCGCUGCCGAGAUAGGCCACCCAUGAUUCCAUCCUGGGGAUUCGGGGGGACUGAUGCCGCCCCAUCCCCUGCUCAGUGACACUCCCAGCCCCUGCCAUCGCUGUCAGCUCAGCAGCUGAUAACCUCCAGGUUUUGCAGGCUUCUGACCGCUAGAAAAAGAAGAAAGCCAUGGGUUUUGUCUUCUUUUCUUUAUCUCACAAAGCUCUGCCCGAGGGAUGUGUGUGUCUGUGAUAAUUUCCUUCCAAUUCUGGCAUUUUCAGCCCUACCCAGAGGAGACAGUGAGGUGAUGUCUUACCUGGGACUGAGAUAUGGAAAACAGUGAUGUGGUGAAUCCUGUACAGGAACCCCCUUUGUGCUCUGCAGACUGUGAUGGCAGAAACCCCCACAGCUCUGUCUGCAACUUGAAUUCCAACAGAGGUCCUUCAUCCAAUCCCAGUGGAGUUUCUGGUUACUCAGGGAAUGCCAGGUCCUCAUUAAAGCCUGGUUCUGUUGAGCUGCUUGCCUCCUUUAUGCAAGAUAUCCAGAACAUUGGACAUGCUAACUCAGAAAUUGUGAGGAACUGUGAGACAAGGUGGAUACAGCUUCUGAGACUGGUAGAAAAACAAUGCCAGGAACAAAUAAAUGCCCAGCAAGAGCAGUUCCACCAUCAAAUCCAACUGAUUCAGGAUGAGAUAAAGCAGCUGGUGAGGUUGCAGAGCAGCAACAAUCCCCAUUCAGUAAAAGCUGCUGGUCAGACUGGGGGCAUGUCUGAGUUGAAUGGAAACUCAGACUGGGGGCAUAUACACUUUCAUGUAUUUCCCCUAAAUAUAUGUGUGUGUUUCUUACCAUCCAGUAAAUCUUUAACAUCAUGGGCACAAAAGUUGAAACAAACUCAACCAAAAAGAGUAACUGCAGAUGAAGGAUGUGUGAACUCUAUGCAAGAAAAUGAGAGAGUGAAGAGAUUACCACUUGACAAUACAAACCUUACUGAUGCUGCUUUGCCACCAUACACUUUUUACCUCAAUCAACCCAAGGAAAGUCCUAGUUCCAUAGUGUCAGAAGCUUCAGGACUUUCAUACUGGAAGUUAGAUGAAAAGGAGAUGUAUCACACUUUACCAGAGAAUUUCAGAAGUGAGUUGCCUGAUACUUUUGUGGAGAAAACAUCACCAGUUCAGUUGUCUUCUGCUGAUGAAAGGAAGUUGUCAUCACUGAAGGACAUUUAUCAUAAAAGACAAAGGGAAAAGCAGCAGCUGCCAGACCAGAGUUUUAUGCCUUCUUCCCAGCCAAGUCACCCACCAGAGAUCUUGACGUUGGACCCAACCCUGCACAUGAAGCCAGGCCAGCAGAACCAGGGACUCAGGACUCCUCCAGACUCUGCUCCCUUUUCUCCAGACUCCAUGGCAGAGCCCGGAUUUCCAAGUCAUUGUGACACAGACUCUUUUUCACAGACAAGUCACUCACCUCAGCUGGAUGAUUCUCCAACACCCCCUGCCAGCAGCAGAGCUGUGCACUUGGAGCUGUGGAGAACUCACCCAUUCCAGAGUGAACACAGGGCCAGCUCUCCCUUCCCAGGGGCUCCCAGGAAUGCUGACAAUGAUCAUUCUGUCAACACUGAGGAGGAGGAAGCCCUGACUCUGACUCCAUCUUCUCUUACUCAGUGUGCUGACAGCAGUUUGCCAGAUUGCAGCCUUUCAGUGGCAUCCCUUGAGGAUCCUGUGGUAAUGUCCAACAGGUGUGACCAGUUAGAUUCAGCUCUGAAUGAAGCAAGUGCUCACAUAAAAGCCCUUGAAAAUAAGAAUAACCAGCUAGAAAAGCAAGUGGCAGAUUGGAGGGAGCGAUUCUGUGCCCUCAGCGACAGCUCCAGGGCCCUGCAGGAGCGGCUGGAGGAGACGCGCGCCAGCCACAAGGAGAAGGACAACGCCAUCAGCCGCCUGCAGUCCCGCCUCAGGGAGCUCCAGGAGGCCUUGGAGAAGGCCUACAAGUUAUCUGACAAUAAAAACACCAGGCUCCAGGAAGAAAACAAAAUGUUUCAAAAUCUUUUAGGAGAAUAUGAAUCCCUUGGAAAAGAACACGAAAGAGUAAAGGAUACAUUAAAUACAACUGAAAACAAAUUGCUUGAUGCAAACACAGAGAUUUCUGAUUUGAAAAGGACAAUUUUAAAACUUGAAGCUCAGCUCAAGCAGGUGGAACAUGAAAAUGCCCUGAAACUUCGCCAUAUAAGUGAAAAUCGUUUCACCAGAACCUCUUGUGCCAACAAGUUGGGAACUCCUGAUGUCAGCAGGAGGAAGUGGUUGAUACCAGGAGCUGAAUAUUCCAUUUUCACUGGGCAGCCCUUGGAGGGCCAGGAGAGCCCCAAAGACAACAGGCUGGAAGAAACCUAUAUUCCUUCUAGGCACCAUUCUCCUCCUGAGAAAGACUCCUCACAGGAAGACUCUUCAAGCAACACAAUAGGGAAGAAAGAAAAUGAGAUGGCAGAAGCACCAAUUCUAAAAGCCUUUAAAGAACUUGAAGAAGGAAAAAUUCUUAAAGAUUGGGGUACACAGACAGAAAAAGAAGAUGCACCAGCUAAACCAUCAGCUCGGCGUCAGACUGUGGGGUUUGUGGAACCUUCCUUGGCUGCAAACAGAUCCCCAGAGAAAGGGAGAGACCAGCACAGACCCAAACGGUUCAGCUCCCCCUGUGGCCAGAGGUCAUCGUCCCUUCCUCCUGCCAACAGGAAACCCAGCACUCCCACAAGAAGAGAGAUAAUGUUGGCACCAGUGUCUGUGACAUACAGCCCAAAACGAUCUCCAAAGGAAAACCUCUCUCCUGGAUUUAGCCAUUUGCUCAGCAGAAAUGAAAACACAGUGACAAGGUUUGAUAUACUUCUAGAUGACCUGGAAACUGGUGCUACUUCUACUUUACAGCACAAUAAUCCAAGGAAAAGGCUCCAGUUUCAGUCACUAGAUGAUGCAGAAGGAAGGCAGCAUUCAGGUGUCAGGCAGAGCCCCUGUACUGAACCUGUCAGUAAUGGAAUGAAGAAAGCAGCAGCAGCCUGGGAGGAGAGGAGCCAGAGACACGAGGCAGUGCAGUCACCUUGUGAGGAAGACUUCAAGUACACAGCAAGGAUUCCAACUCUGGCUGAAACUGAGAGGCUUUUUGAUGAGCUGACUCACGAAAAGCAACAGAUUGAGGCUGCACUCAGCCGAAUCCCUUGUUCUGGUGGAAGAAUGACCUUGCAAGCAAGACUAAAUCAGGAAGCCCUGGAAGAUCGUUUGGAAAGAAUUAACAGAGAUUUGGGGUUAAUACGAAUGACUCUGAAAAGAUUUCAUGUUUUGAGAACUUCUGCAAAUCUUUGACAGUUCUCUCUUGACUGCAAAUAUACUUUUUUUUUGCACUAAUAUAUAAUGAUGCACUCAGUAAAUGCAAAUUGUUUUGUAUUUUUAUAAACCCUGAAAUGUAGUUUUGCAACCAUGUUACCCUUUACAAACAGCAAUAUUUUGUACUUCAAACAGCCACCUCUAUUUUAAAUGUAUUUUGUUACACCUGAGAAAUCAAUGUUUAUCCUGUAUUGUAAUAUUUUUAGAAAUAUUAAUUAUUUUUAAAUAGUGAUAUUCAAUUUAUAAGAAACGAAAAGGCAGCUUGUUUUCAGGAAAAAAAAAUGGUAGUAUUACCCUUUUGCACUUGGUUUUCCUCCACUAUUUUAUAAAUAUUUAUGGUGUGAUGUAAAUAUUAGCCAAGAGGAGAUUUUGGACUUUAAUACAAAAAGCAACAUGAGUUUACCUGUGUUAAAGGGAACCACUGUUGUGUGGUAAAUCCUUUUAAUUGAAACCUUUUCCAUGGGUGUUUCUCAUUGGGGCAGAACUGUGAGCAAUACUUGCACUGUGUCUGGCUGGGGCAGGAAAAUCCGUGUGGGAUGGAUGUGAGGGCUCCCAGCAGUGCCAGAGAGGGGAUGGUGAUACUGAAUGCCAGCAUUCCCCUGGCAGCAGCUCCAGCUGGCACUCCAGGACUGCAGCUCCUUCCCUGAACUUACUGGGUCCCUGUGCCAGUGUUCUGCUCGUGUACAUUUCAUGUAUUUGUGAACAUAAAUUCAUUUUUCUUGGUGGAAAAAAAAUGCAUAUUUGCCAGUUGACAUAUUGUUGCGUUGCUGUCCAACAUUGAUAUUUUGGUUUGUAUUUUAAUAUUAAAUAAAUGUUUAAUUAGAUUUUUUCCUCCUGCCCAAGUACAGUAAUAGGCUCUGGGAUAUUACAUCAGAGAUAAUGUAGGUUUUAAUCAUAUUGUGUGUUUCAAAUUCUGUCCUUGUUCAAGAUGUUUGGCCACCAAUGAUGUGAUUACAGGGCCAGAAUAGCUGUCGUAAAGGAAGCUUGAGAAGGUCUGAUUCUAAAAUUAGAGUGCUGUGGUUUAAGAUAUUUGAUGAGGAAUUGUACAACCCAUGCAUGGUCUUUUCAGAAAUUCUGUAGUUUUUGCAGCCCUCUGGGUACUUCAGUGCAAGAUCAGAGCUGGGGAGAAGUCAA